AUGGCCAGCGAAGCUCAGGACAUUCCUCAACUUCAGCUUGAGGCUGUCAUUGGGUUUAACGGGCAGGUUUUUGGUGGCCUGAAGCUCCAUCCGGACAGAGAGCACAUGAUUUAUCCUCUAGGAAGCACAGUUAUACUGAAGAGAAUUAAAGAUGGCAAACAAGAGUUCCUGCAUGGACAUACAAACAAUGUGUCCUGUGUGGCAGUAUCCAGAAGUGGAUAUUACGUUGCAUCUGGACAGGUCACAUUUAUGGGCUUCAAGGCUGAUAUAAUAAUGUGGGACUAUGCAAAACGAGCAAUUUAUGCCCGGCUGCAGCUCCACAAGGCCAAGGUGGAGGCACUGUCCUUCUCUCCCAAUGAAAAGUACCUGGUGUCCCUCGGUGGUCAGGAUGAUGGAAGUAUCGUGGUGUGGAACACUGAGACCAAACAGGCUAUCUGUGGGAGCCCAGCCUCUCCCCAUGCUGCCGGUCACUGUCUAACCAUACAGUAUGCCAAUACAAAUGAUAAUAUGUUCAUCUCUGCUGGAAGUUGCACUUUGCGAGUCUGGGAGCUGGACGUCCCCAAUAGGAAGAUCAGACCUACAGAGUGUCGGACCGGGUAUCUGAAGAGGGUUGUUAAAUGCAUCGAGAUUACAGAGGAUGACAAGUUCUUUUUCUGCGGCACAACCAGUGGAGACAUAAUGAAAGUCUUUAUGAAGACAGGGCUUUUGAAUGGCUGUGGGCCAGUCAAAAAGAAAUACAUUCAGGGUGUCAACACCAUAAAGGUAUUAAAGUCUGGGGACAUUCUUGUGGGCUCUGGAGAUGGCAGCUUCACGCUCUGCUCAGGGACAAACUUUAAAACCCUCCAACAAGUUCAGCUGGAGGGUGGCGUGACCUCCAUCGCUACGACAGCAGAGGGUCAACAGUUCUUUGUUGGGACGGCGGCAGCUCACAUAUACCAAUGCAGCUACGGAGACUUCAAAGCCGAACUCAUCUCCACUAGCCACAACUGUGCUGUCAAGGACGUGGCCAUUCCUUUUGGUUCUUCGGAGUUGUUUGCCACCUGUUCCCAAGAAGACAUCAGGGUGUGGCACAUUAACAGGUCCAAGGAGCUGCUGCGCAUUACCGUACCCAACAUGACCUGCAAUGCCCUGGACAUCAUGACUGAUGGCAACAGCAUUAUUAGUGCAUGGAACGACGGGAAGAUCCGUGUAUUUGCCCCGGAGAGCGGUCGGGUCUUACUCAUUAUCCACAAUGCACACAGCAUGGGUGUGACCGCUAUCGCCGGCACCAGAGAUUGUAAAAGGAUUAUCAGUGGAGGAGGAGAGGGAAAGGUGAGUGUCUGGGAGCUGCUGCAGGGUGGCUAUCAGCUCCUGGAGCUCAUGAAGGAGCACAAGGCCACGGUUACAUGCAUCAAGAUCAAGAGCAACGACAAAGAGUGCGUCACGGCCAGCUCUGAUGGUGCCUGCAUCAUCUGGGACUUAAUGCGAUUCGUGAGGAUUCAGAUGGUACUGGCCAACACACUGUUCCAGUGUGUCUGCUAUCACCCAGAGGGACACCAGAUUAUCACCAGUGGUACUGACAGAAAGAUUGGCUACUGGGAUUUAUACGAUGGCUCUGCCAUCAGAGAACUGGAGGGCUCCCAGGCCGGGGCCAUAUAUGGCAUGGACAUCACACAGGAUGGCGGCCACUUUGUUACAGGUGGAGACGACAAGCUGGUGAAGGUGUGGAACUACCCGGAAGGUGAGGUGACCCACGUGGGACUGGGCCACAGUGGCAGCAUCACCAGCGUCACAAUCUGUGCCAACAAUCACACCUUGGUCAGUACUAGCGCUGAUGGAGCCAUUCUCCGUUGGAGGUUCCCUCACCCCCCCUCUUCCUCGUAG